GUAUUCGGAAGCCUGAGAACUAGCUUGAAAACCUGCUUGAUCACCUGACACGCUAGGUUAUGGAGGACCAGCAGUUUGUAUCUUAUGGUUGAAUGUUUCCUCUAAAAAAUCGCCUUUCUAAACGUUAAAUGUUCUUUGUGAGAACAAAUAACGUUAAAUGCGAUCACAGAGGUUACUUUCAUGAGUACUAGGAAGUACCUAAGGCUUGCGGACGGGUUAGUAGGGCAAAAAAACAUGUUUGUUUGUGUCGGCCAUCUUGAAUCAUUUCAUGCCAUGCAUUUGAAACGCUUGUACUUUGUGAAGCUUUAACUUGUUUUGUUUUUAGGUAUCAUGAAAGAAGCCCAUAUAAUCAGGUUGGUUGAAAACUCAAGGGGAAACACAAGAAUACUCAAGUCCACGUUUCAUUAGUUAUUAGUAAUAUUUACUGUAGUAUUUUAGGGAACUAUGCAAAUGUAAUCUUAGAAUAAUUAUUAAAACCCAGCUUAAUACGCAUUUUGUAAAAAUAUGAAACAAAGCUCAUAGCAAAUAAAUGUUUAAGAGUAUCAAGGAUUCAAGGGUAAUAUUUUCUCCUUAUUUGUGGGCAAUUUUGGAGUGUAUAAGCAAAAUGUUGCUACUGGCAGGAAAAAAUUGCAUGCUUCUAGAUUCUGGCGUUUUUAAUACAUUCCAAAUUGCUAUACAAUAAGGAUAAAAUAGAAUCAGUGUGAACAAUAUUUGCUUACCUUUGCAAUAUUGUAAUGCGAUGUCAAGCUGGGUUUUAUAUUCUAAGAUAAGAAUUAGAAAAAAUUGUUCCAGUUUGGUGAAUUUUUAUGGUAUCACAGAAGUCUCAACGGUAGGUUCUAUGUGGUUGGUAGUGGUGAAAUAUUUUGUGUGUAGUUAGCAAUUGUGAGUGUGUGGAGCUUAAGACAGUUGUUUCAAGGUAGUAAUACAAAAAUGUUUAGGCAUUUGUCUCAGUUGAAGCUAGCUUUGUGAAGUAAUCUAGCUAACUAGCUUUGUUUCAUAGGCUCCUCAGGUAGGAAAACCAGGCAUCAUUAAGAUGUGUGAACACCGCUUGCAACCACAUUUUCAAUCUGUACAAGCAAAUUUUAAGAUUCCGGCAUUUUAACAAUAUUUACGUAGCUCUCAAAACACAAAGUUGAACAACUUGAAGUUAUAAAUUUUGCUUAUAGGUGUACUGAAAAUAUUUAUGUGUCUAGAGAAGAAUAGAAAUAUCAACAAACUAGAAUCAGUCAAUCAGAUGUAUUGUAAUGCUUGGUCAAAGUCGUGAAGUGUUUUAAAGGAAUAUAAAUAGAAUAUAACCCAUUAAAAGCCAACGCUUUCCCUUUGAUGAGUAGAAUUGUUGGGCGUUAGACAAGGUUAAAUAAUAAAGUAGGGUACAAUGCCACUCAAUGGGUUAACUAGGCACAUGAGCAGAUAGUCUUAUUAACCCUUUGAGUGCUAGGGCUCUCCCCUUGACAAGUAAAAUCAUCUGGCAUUAGACAGAGUAAAGCAUGGGGCACCAUGCAACCAUAGUCUUUCAAAACAUGGUUUGGAAACUCUGCUAAAGUCUUUGUUCUAUCUUUUUGUUCGUGUUUAUGCAGUUUUGUGCACGGUCAAUGAACACAUUUUAUUUCAGUAUAAUGAACAAAUCAUCCAAGAGCAACGUUUCAGUUCAGUCAUUCAACCAUGCUAUUUAAAUAUUAAUAAACCUAAAACAAAGGAUGUGCACAGUGUAAGGUACGGCUCGACAUAAAAUCCCAGCUCAUUAUAACCACUUUAAAGUUUACUGAGUGUCCAGACCAUGUCUCGAAAGACUAUGACUGCAACUCAAUGGGGUAAUCUAGAAGUUACUUGAGCCUAGCUGUUAUUGUCUUUACUCGACACAGAAGAGAAAAAGUUAUGUCCCAAUUGUCAUCACUCCAAUCACAACGGUUGUGAAACUCAGAAAAAAUUAUUAUAUGCCACUUUAUAAUGCACAGAAAAUAUAUGAACACUUUCCUAUUGAGGAUCUACUCUAAUUUUCUAAGCCACAAUAUAUGAUUUGUUGUAGUCAAAUAAGUACGCAAGCAAACAAUCAAACAACACGUCAGAGAAUCGUUCAGAAAGGCCUUCAAACAUCAAUGGUGGAUCACGAAGUCGCAACAAUUCGCCAAAGUCAAGACAUAGCAACAUGUCUCCUCGAUCGCAGCGACCCAGCUACAGCAAGACUAAAGAAUUAUCGCGACGACGUGCAAGCUCGUCCCCAAUUGAGCGAAAUGUUUCAUCACACCAUAGCUCCAGUUCUGGUGAUAGAGUAUUCAAGGUUGAUAGCGUUAGUACAGAUGUAAGUGGAAGGUGCAUUAAUAGAGACCUUAUGAUUUAGCACGCCAACUCGAUGGCAAUGGCUACCAAUACAAUAAAUCAUUGAACUUAUAACAUAUUCAUGAGAAAACUGCAUAUUAAUAUGGAUUCAAUGACAUGAAAAAUACCAGUAAAAAUUCGACGUUUCAAGCGAAGACCCCUUUGUCGUGAAAUUGGAAGGACCUUUUCUCAAAGCGUCAAAGUUUUGCUUGUUUUUUUUUUCCCAGCUGGUUGAAUCCUAUCAAUCCGUAGUUUUCUGAUGUUUCUUUCACUUCCUACGCUGGCAUAAACUGUUCGAGUUCAUAUAACACAUACAUAGUCAUAUAAUGUGGCUUCUAUCCAGCCGGAAUUGUUGCAUUAAUGGUUUUAUCAAAUAUGUUAGUGAUUACCUGUAAUGUAAAAGUAAGGUUUAGCCAAUAGGGUUACAAAGACAUGCCAAACACAGUUUGUAUGUAUGCAUGUCACUUGUCCACUUUUCCAAGCUAGUAAUGUUGCAGUGUGAAUGUCACCUUCAGAGUUUCUUUGUUGUUUUUUACCUUGCUUUUGCAAUCCGAGAAACUUCAUGUCAUAUGUUGCUAUUUUAUUUGCUGUAUGUUGCCAUUUAAGUGCAGUGCCACCUGUUAGAAUUUACCCUAAUGAUGCUUCUUUAUAGCUCAUCUCAAAUCUGGGGGUUAGCGUAGGUGUAUACCAACUUUUUUUAUUUCAUUGUUAACAGGAUAGCUUCCCAUGGUCUCGACAUACUAGCUCAUCUGGAAAAACCUAUUAUUACAACUGUAAGACUGAAAAAUCUCAAUGGGAGAAGCCAAAAGAAUGGCUUGAAAGGUGAGUUGUUUUGGCAAUGUGCAUCACUGGGAAAGCCUGUAACUCACUGUGUAUCAAAUUUGGCCUUUUCAGAGAAUAUCAGCUGGAACAGGAGAAGAAGAAGCGUGAAGCAAAGGAAAGAAAUGACCGUGAUAAUUCACAUCCAAACCAGUCAGCCUCAAGCAAAGGUAAACCAGUGAGCUCCUACCUCCAUAUAUAUCUGGAGCGAGAAUUCUUGAUUCAGCCCCUUUUACUGUUUUUGUCUGUGCGGCUAAAACAAUAUGUGCUGUAAUUUCAUAUUUUGACAUGGAUUUAAAGAAUAACCAUAUGGUUUUGUGAACUGAUAACUUGGUUAGCAAUACGGUCUGUUAAAAAAUCUAGCUAUCCAAUCUUGGCCUCACCUUUCUCAUAGGACAAAUGACUAAAGUUCUUGCUCUAGAUAUUUAUAGAUCACACCGAGGUAAACAUGUCAUGAUGUUGUAGACAGGUAAAUAUCGUCCUGUACAGUGGGGUACUGUAUUGGACUAUAUUUGCAAACACUAAUAUUCACCCAUGCAGCAUGUUGGCUGAUCGUUGGAAUUUCGCAUUGUUUAGAGAAAUCUAUGCGAGAUUCUAUCCGAGAGUUAUCAAACAAGAGAGACAGCCAAGGACAUGCAGUUAUUGGAAACAAGUAUGAUAGAGAGAAGACCUCCUACCCCAGAGAUGAAAAUAAAAGACUGCCCCAACAGUAUGAGAACAAGAGACUGCCGCAGCAGCACGAAAACAAAAGACUACUACCGCAAGAGAACAAAAGACUACCUCAACAAUAUGGGCCAGAUAGCAAGAGAUUGCCCCAACAACACACUCCAGAUGGCAAAAGAUCUCAGACACAUCACAAUCAGGCUAAUAAUCAAGCAAAUUCCCACAUUGUCAAAACAACGUCUGCAAAUACUACUGCUGUUUCUACUACCAUUCACAGGUAAUAUUGGACAUGUGUGUGGUCAUGUUUUUGUCAACCCAUCAAUGCCCUUUUUAUAAGUCAAAUCAUCUCUCACUAGACAUAAUUUGUAUGAUUUUAUAAAAACAACAGAAAAGUUUUUUUUCCAUAUUCCCAUGGAAGUUUCAAAAGAACAUAAAAUUGCCAUUACCCCAUGUUUCCACAUGGGUAUCCACUAUACAGUAUAACUUAGGAAAGUGUUUUCUGUUUGGUAAUGUGUAUAUGUUUGUUUAUAUAUUUCAGACCUGAUCAAGUAUUUGCUAAAGCAGAAACAAAAGGUUUGUAUGUAGUUGUUGAUAGUGAAUUAUAUGUUUUCAAUGUCAUUACACCAGAUCCAUCCUAAAAUAAAACCACCUGAUUGGGUCAAAUUUUAAAGCCCAUGUUUAAAGCCUGAAUUUAAAGCCUGAAAAUAAUUUAUUUAAAUCAUAUAUCAUACCUCUCUACAAUGAGUUGCUUUUCUCUUAAGAAAAUAAGAACCUAUUAAGGACCUGUUUAGCCUAAUUUCCUGUUAAGGCCAUUUACAUUAGAACCUGUUUAGGCUAACUUGGAAGAUCUAGGUUCUUAUAUGCAGGGUUUUACUGUAUAGUUUUCAAAAUACAUACUGAAAAAGUAGUAAAACUUAAUAUAAUAAUAUAAGAUAUUGAAUUUAUAUUGCGCAUGUUAGCAUGGAAAUAUGUUCACUAUGUUCAUGUAGUUUAAUUAACAUUAUUGAGAAUUACAUUUUGUGCUUUUCAAUAUUUCUUGAGUAAAAAUAAACUUCUUCUUAAACAAUGUUUUGAAUAUAGUUUCACCAUCGGGAAGCUUGCAAGAUAUUUCACCUCCUGUCACUCCAGUUAUUGCAGUUUGUCAGAGUCGUUCUCCUGCUGUCGCUGUUUCACCCGUGAUCACCACCCGCUCCCCCAUCAUGUUGACCCAUCGCUCCCCCGCCACUAUGCACAACCAGUCCCCUGUACAGCCGAAUGCACAGAGAUUGCUCCCAAUGCCCCAUAGGACCUCGACUAGUACACCCCCGCCACCGCCCCCACCCAUUUUCCCACAAGUUUCCCCUGUGCAGACUGCAGCACAAGUUCGACACACAGAGGCUUCACCAAAGAAUUCAGUUCGAGCUAGUAUGGAGAGUUCAUCCAAACAGCAAGAAAGCGCAACGUUCAAUGGUCUUCACGGUUUCUCACAAAGCCAACUGCAUCCUUUACAGCAAGCAACUUUACUUCAACAGGUACUGUGUUAUAAUUUGUUUGUCCUUGACAAUAUAAUUACACAAACUUUGGCUGCACAAACUUUGCGUGUUCUUUGUUAUCAAAUAGUAGUUACUGGAAACUGCUGUGUGAAAGACGCGAGUAUAUCAACAAGAAAACGCUAAAAAUAUUUUUAUUUCAGGCUCAAUUUCAAGGUAAUACUGUCAUCCGACCUGCAACGUCCACACAAGGUAAUGUACUCUAAAACACCAACCUGAAUGAAUACAAUCUUUGCUAUCAACUGAUCCACCAGAUAUCCCCAAAAAAACUGGACAAUGAUGAAUGCAUUUGAUAUUAAUACUACAUGACUACAAUUUAGUUUUCACUGAACAUCCGUCUAACUGCUAGUCUUUGUAUAUUUAGUAUCAACUAGAUCUGCUGGUCCGUCGCAUUUCCAACCCAUCAAACAAUCCAAUUCCAACCCUAGUUCCCCCCAACCAUUUCACCCACGCUCUUAUCAAUCUAUGGCUCCUGCUGUGCAGAGAACCACCGUGGCUUCUAUCAAACAACCCAUUCUACACCCCCCUCCUCAGUCUGUGAAUCUUCAAGAAUUUGUUAACCAAUGCAGCCGUGAACUUAUUACACAUACCCUGGGUUGGCCUGCAGACUCUAUGGAAAAACAGGUAUUUCGAAGACCACUGGUUUGACGGUAAUGAGAGUUGGCAGUCACCUAGCCUGCGAGCAGGCUCACUGGGUAAAAAGGUGAUGCUCGCAGGCUAGCAGUCACCAUUUAAGUUAAAACAUAGUUGGAACACUCAUCAAACCUUUGCCAAUGUAGAGCUUGAAAUGCCCCCUGUAACAAUACGCGACUGCUAACUUUCGUUUGACUGGGACGUAAGAAUACACAAUUUGUAUUAGAGAACACGUCUUCCUUUUCUUUUCAUUCAGGCGCUGAGAUCAACUGAUGAUACAAAUAAUCUAUGCUUGGUGAACAGCAGACUUAAAGCUGACUUAAUUCCUUUAAACUUUCAUCAUAAUCUUACCAGGAUGAGAAUGGGUGUCGGAACGAAACGGUAUGUGUACUCCCACAGUAUUGUAUACCACAGGUAUUUUUCCAAAAUUGCGACCGCCCCUUCGUAAUUUUGUGUUUAUAGUUCAUGCCGCUUUAAAUUCGUUCCUGCCCAGAGAUAGUCGGUUUAGUCAAGCUAGCGGGACCACUCGCUCUGGUAUGCAGUAAAACAAAACUCUAAGCUUUCCGUAGCGACGUGAAAAAACUCCUAUCCGUACCUUUUAGGAACGCUAUUUUCAGCGGAAUUAUUGCAACGGAGAGAUGUUGUUUCGCUCAGCUUCUGAAAGUUGUACAUUCCGAAUCGAAUAGGUAUCUGGUAUAGUGGAAACGUUGCCAAAGUCUAAAGCAAACCCAUUCUCGGUCUGGUUUUGUAUUAGUCCCGCGUGCAUAGGACCGUAGAUUUAGUUCAUUACGCUCUGAAAAACACAAGUAAAACUUCGACUAAAACUUAUAUAUUUCUCGUACUUUAUUUUGCAGGAUUGAAUUUCUUCGCGAGCAAACCCGAAAGCUAGAAUCAUCGGAUGCAGUUAGUUAAGUUUCAAUUCCUGGUUGAUUUUUAAAUGUUCAAUGCAGUGUCUUUAUGAAGACCGUGCUGUAAUGUAGUCCAUGCACUGAGACCAUUGUAUAAAUUAGUAUUUUACUAUUGUGAAUGAACCAGGGCGUAGCUAUAUGAAAGCUUGAACUGCAAAUCGAACAAAAACAGAUGUACUGUUGUGCAUAGGAAUAAAUGAAGAUGUAGUGUCUUUUCAAACAAUUCUUAAAAUGUCGUUUUUAGUUCCUUCUCAAGCCCCGUAUUACCGUAAAUCCUCUUUUAAGCCAGGGAGGCUAAAAGUAAAAAGAAUCCCCUUUGUAAUGAGCCUCGCCCCUUUUUAAUAAUCCUUGUCCUUUCCAAAAAGCCUCACCCUUUCCUUAGAGGAAAAAAAUUACCCUUCCUUGUACUCGAGUUCCCACGUUCUUCGUAUAGCUCAAGCGUUCUGACAAAACAAUAAGCUGGCCUAUUGAACCUGACCCCUCGCUCCACUCUUUUCCCUCGGGGGACUGGUGCUGAAUAGAGGAUAUACGGUAAUAGGGAUUUUUGAAAUGGAAGGCGCUCACGGAAAGACGACGGCCAAACAAAUUUGUUGAAAUAAAUAAUUAUCUAGUAUUCUUGCCUUGUAUUAACUAUCGUAUAUAUACAUCGAUGAACGCAUGGAUGAUUUAUAAAUGUUCAAGUGAGGGUACAUACAGUAUGUACUUUGAACAUUCAUAACUUAUCUAUUCGUUCACAUGCAUCAGUAGAAGAGCAUCACAUUAGAAAUAGCAGCAAAAAUUGCACGUGUAAACGGGUCUAAAAAUUCGCAUAAGAAUUUGAAUCAUCAAUGUACUACAUGGUGAAUUUGAUUGUGUUGAUAGCCGUUGUCUUUAUGUUAACGUCUACCGUAUUCAAAUUCCCUACUCAACAGCAUGACAGAGUUUUGUUCAUUGCCACUGUAAUAAACCAACCAUACUGGACAGCUCUGCGAGUUUUAUCUAAAUUCUUCUCCAUAGAGGUUCAGCAAGAGCCGUUCCUUAUUGGUGCAGUAUUUUUCAAACGUGAGGUGUUUGGGCGUAAAAAAAAUACUUGUGGUUCCGGUUUCAUAUCGUGAAAAAAUUAGGGUCUGUAGGUCGGAAAUUUUUUUUUUUUUUAAUACUUUCGUGGUUUUGCUGGGCGAUUUGCAGUAGUCCCAACAUCGAUAUUAACUAGAGAUGCGUAUUUCCUAUGGACGAAUUUAGGCAAUUUGGUUCAAUAAUUAGUGUGACAACAGACGCCAUUUUGGCACGCUGUAUGAGCAGCCCGCAACCACCUGGAGAAAAUAGGGUCGCAUAGUCAAUCGCGUUGAAAAAAUAAUAGGGUCGUCAGGAUUAGGAUUGGUCUGAAACCGGAACCACAGGUUGUUUUUUACGCACAUGAGACUCAAGGGGAUAAUCAGACAAUUGAGUACCGCAGGAAUCGAACCUUUAGUUUUAGAAAACGUCGUAUUUUCAGAGUAACCAGGUUUAAAUAAAAUGAGGCAAGUAGAAGAUUUCAAUUUUUACCAUAAAUAAUACAAGAUUCCGUGUGUUUUCCUAACUAUAUCCCAUCUAUCAAUGCGUAUACUUAGUUUUUGCGGGUGCAUCUAAGCCUGCAUAAACAGUAUUAUCAGUCUCGCCAACCACACGGACACUAAGAUAGGACAACAACCCCUCGAUGGUCAAAUUCUGCUGUUUCAUAAUACUAGAAUAGACAACAGCCUCGGCUUUAUAAGCUUCCGUGAUUGCCUCAGCUUUGGCUUUUGCCUUCGUCUCCGCAAUCUUAGCUUUAGAUUUAGCUAAAGCGAUUGUGAUUUCGGCUUGAGUUUCUGCUUGCUUUAGUUUCGUUUCCGCCUCAACAAGCUGUCGAGGUCGUUCCAGUUCCGCGGUCGUAAUGCUUUCCUUCGCACUUUCCUUUGCUUGUAACGCUUGCUCGUAUCGCAAAGGUCUUGCGAUGUUACUCAUUUGUAAGUCCGUCACCACAACAUGUAUAUCUCCCAAUCGCUCUACCAUGAUCUCUUGGAUUCGACUUUGGAAUUGUGUCCGUUCGUUCACAGUUUGACUUGUGUUGUAUUCACUGCACGCAUCAUGGAUAGCGUAGAGACCUAUAGAUCUGUUGAAAAAUUGUGUUAGCCUGGUUUAGACUAUCAAAGUUUCUGUGGCAACAGUAGGAAUUUUGCAUGGGUAAAUUCUAAGUUUUGAAGUAAUAUUUCAAAUCUGACUACAAGGACGACUUGCGCUUUAGAAAAAUUUUUAAUCUGAGAAUAACAAAGGAUAUUUUCGGAAAGAAGUUAUCAAAAUUAGAAAAACUGCAAAGUUUGGUUGCGAAAUGUUGUAAAAUACGGAAAAUAUAGCCCUGCGAAGUUGGCAAAUUUGUAUACAUUUCUAUCACGUGCGGAAAUUGGUAACUAAUUUAGUUACCAAUUCACGCACGUAAUACAAAAGUAUACAAAUUUGCCAACUUUGAAGGGCUAUAGUUUCCGUAUUUUACAACAUUUCGCAAGCAAACUUUGUAAUAUUACUAAUUCCAAGACGCUCUUUCUAGCUGUGGUGAUAGAUUUCGUUGUUCUUACUUAGAUUAAAAUUUAGUCUAAAGCGCGAGUCGUCCAUUUGUGUCCGCAGAAUGACAUCUCGUACGAAUCAAUCAUUACUUAAAGUGAGAUGAAUUAAUUUUGAUCCAGGAGUGCAACAAUAUAGUUCAAUCUUCACCAGGUAUCCAGUACUAUCAUGUGACUGAGCAAAAUGAAGCAAUAUGGUUGGCUAAUUUACUCAUCAAUUAAUAAUGAUUUUGAGAUGGAUUGGUAAGAAAUGUUUGAGGGAACCAACUCGGCGUUUAACGCCUACCUAUGCAAAAUUUCUAGCGUGAUCACAGAAAUUUUGAUAGUCAACAUUUCUUCAAGCGUGCGUUGAGGGGGGGGGGGAUCAAAGAUCCAUCUUCAUUUCUAAGGUUUAGCGUAAUCUUUAGAGAGGGAGAGGGUUGAUACAUUUUUGAGAAUGUGAACAAUUGUGGAUGACCCCUUAAUUGAUCUCUUUUUAAUGUGGUUGUCAGCUUGAAUUCAAACCAGUUGUCAGUAACAUAUUUUGGGUAUUCAUACCUGACCACUUUUUCAUAUUUGUCAGCAUCUCGAAAUUCCAGCACAAUUUUCUUCAGGUAGUUUGCAUCGACUCGAUACUGGAAUUCUACAUCCAGUCCUAUAACUAGACCAUCUUUGUUCAAACACGUCACACUGCUGUAGGAGAUGGACUCGAAAAUACUCGAGAAUUUGAUAAAUUUGAAUCCAGGUGCUCCAAAGUGAAGACCUUCUCUCUUUGCUUCGCUGCCCAGCUUUCUUUGGUUUGGAUCAUAGCUUAAUCCAACUGAAUUU